AUGAACAGCUCCCAGGCGCUCUUCCCCGGCGGGCCGCAGCGCUGGCGGGCGGGCGGCGGCGCGGAGGUGCCGGCGGCGCUGCCCUCGGUCCUGGCCGGGCUGUGCCUGGCGGGCUCGGCCGGCAACCUGCUGCUGCUGGCGGUCCUGGCGCACGAGCUGCGCCGGGGGAAGAGCGGCCCGGCCAACGCCCUGCUGCUCAACCUGUGCUCGGCCGACCUGCUGCUGGCGCUCUACUGCCUGCCCGUCCGCAUCGCCACCUACUCCCGGGGCUCUUGGCUCUUGGGCGGCUUCCUCUGCAGGGCCACCGACUGGCUCCUCCACGCCUGCCUGGUGGCCAAGAGCCUGAGCUGGGCGGCGGUGGGCCGAGCGCGCUACAACCACGUCCUCUCGCCCUCCAAGUGCCUGGCCUGGGGCCGGGCGCGCCUGGCGGGGGUGCUGGCUGCGCUCUGGACGGCGGCGCUGCUGCUGCCCCUGCCCCUGCUGCUCUUCACCCGGCUGGAGGCCGGCGCGCCCGGCGAGCCGCUGGACUGCGUCUUCCAGACCCCACCGUACGCCUCCAACUUCAUGGACGUCUUCAGCAAGGUCUACCCCCUGGCGGCGUACCUGGCCCCCGCGGGCUUCACCUGGGCGUGCUACGGGAGAGCCCUGCGCCUCCAGAGGGAGCGCAAGAAGCGCCUGGCCAAGCCGGGCCACCCCAGCCGGAAAGUCACCCGGAUGCUCCUCUGCCUCAGCCUCCUCUUCCAGGCCAUGUGGCUGCCCGAGUGGGUGGUGUGGCUGUGGGAGAGGCACGCCCCGCUCGGGGACGGCCCCCGGCCCCCUCCCGCCUUGCUCUUCCUGGCCGAGGUGCUGCUCUUCCUCAACAGCGCCUUCAACCCCGGGGUCUUCAUGGCAGCCUCCGAGGAGUUCCGGGAAGGGCUGCGCAGCGUCUGGGGCGCCCUGGACUGCAGGAGAGCGGCGGAGGCAGCCGGCGGGGCCGCCGCAAGGGAGCCCCCGCAAUCCUUGCGAGACCUGAAGGGGGAGGCGGCGGAGGAGAAGGUUCUCCCCGACGUGGAGCACUUCUGGAAAGACAGGCGCAACACCGCCGCCGGCGAGGAGAGCGACCCGGUCCCCUGGGAACAUCAGUGCGACUCCUGA